UAUAAAUAAAAGAUGCGACUCAACUCAUGUCUUAAAAUUAAUAGCAGAAGUAAGAAUGGAGGAGGUGAGGAACAAAUUCGUAGCAAUAAAAGGUCACAUAAAUGGUGCUCCAAGUGAGUCAGAUUUCGAAAUAAAGACUGAAACAAUAAGUUUACCAGCAAUCAGAAAUACAAGUAAAGAAUAUUAUGUGAUCGUUAAGAAUCUUUAUGUAUCGGUCGAUCCGUACCAGCUCAACCGAAUGAAGGCUCAAAGCUCGUCUCAGUCAGCCAUUAGUUUUGCCGCCCCCAUAAUCCCCGGCCAUGCAAUUGAUACGUACGGCGUAGGUAGAGUGGUGGAGUCCGGGGGGAGGUCGGAUUUGGCAAAGGAUGAGUUAGUGGCCGGACUGCUGACGUGGGGAGAGUACACCGUAAUAGCAGCUGAAGAAGAAGGCAUCAGGCUGUUGAAUAAGUUGGAUGCUGACGAGGCAUUGCCUUUGUCGCAUUACGUAGGCACUCUUGGAUUUAGUGGGCUUACAGCGUAUGGAGGGUUUUAUAAAGUAUGUAAACCAAAGAAGGGAGAGAGCGUGUUUGUAUCGGCUGCUUCUGGUUCUGUUGGGAGUUUAGUUGGACAAUAUGCAAAGCUCUUUGGUUGCCAUGUUGUUGGCUGUGCUGGUACCCAACAAAAGGUUGAUCUGCUUAAGGAAAAGCUUGGUUUCGACGAUGCAUUCAACUACAAGGAUGAGACCGAUCUCAAUUCAGCUCUUAAAAGGUAUUUCCCAAAGGGCAUAGACAUGUAUUUCGACAAUGUAGGAGGGGAGAUGCUGGAGGCAGCAAUAGGUAACAUGAACACAUUCGGACGAGUGGCAGUUUGCGGUGCAAUAUCUGAAUACACGGGUGGGGGCAGAGGGGCGAGUCUCGAUAUGCUGGAUGUUGUGUACAAGAGGAUCACAAUUCAAGGUUUUCUGGCAGCUGAUUACUUGAAUUGCUACUCUGAUUUCAUCUCAACCACCACAGACCAUCUCCGCAAUGGCAAAAUGCACGCCCUUUCUGACAUUUAUCACGGUGUCGAGACUGUGCCUCUUGCUUUUAUAGGUCUCUUUCGCGGUCAUAAUAUCGGGAAAAUGAUUGUGCAGAUUGCGAAUUAGUACUGAACAAUGUCUAUUAAUAAUUUAAUGCAUUUGGAUUGAUAAAUUUGUGUUGAACUUGUUUGUAAUAUCUUCAAUUAAAUUUAAUGCCAAUUGGAAA